AUACUAGUGAAAAAGAACCAUGGUUAGCAAUUAGAUCUUCAGUCUUCACAGUUGAGUUCUCAGUGCAAGAAAUUAGACGAGACUGAAGACUGUCGUUCUUCCAUAGCCAUAGCCAUCUAUAUCGAACCUCUCAAAGAUAAACCAAACUGAAAAGCUUCUCUAAACUAAUGGCGUUGGUAGCUCUCAAAUUCAUCAAUGGAUCACGCCUCGCCCUCCAUCGAACUCAUACCCCAGCAAAUUCAAGAACCAUACGAGCAUUCUCGGCUAUUAUGUCUCCACCCUCCACAGCCGUCGUCUACGACCUCCAUGGUCCUCCAGACACCGUUACCAGAGUGGUUAACUUACCGCCGGUUGAAAUGAAAGCCAACGACGUCUGUGUGAAAAUGCUGGCGGCUCCAAUCAACCCAUCCGAUAUAAACCGCAUUGAAGGUAUAUACCCUGUGAGGCCGGAAGUGCCGGCAGUCGGAGGGUAUGAGGGAGUUGGAGAAGUGCAUUCAGUGGGCUCCGCCGUUCAGGGUCUUUCACCUGGUGAUUGGGUUAUCCCAUCUCCACCUUCUUCUGGGACAUGGCAGACUUAUGUUGUGAAAGAUCAGAGUGUUUGGCACAAAAUCAACAAGGAAGUACCCAUGGAAUAUGCUGCUACUAUAACGGUUAAUCCUUUGACUGCUCUGAGAAUGUUGGAGGAUUUUGUCUCUUUAAAACCAGGAGACUCGGUUGUCCAAAAUGGAGCGACAAGCAUAGUUGGACAAUGUAUCAUUCAGCUUGCUGAGAUUCGCGGCAUCCAUAGCAUAAAUAUUAUACGUGAUAGGGCAGGGUCUGACGAAUCAAAAGAAAAACUCAAGAGACUUGGAGCUGAUGAAGUUUUCAGUGAGAGUCAGCUUGAAGUUAAGAAUGUUAAGAGCCUCUUGGCUAACCUUCCUGAACCUGCUUUGGGAUUUAACUGUGUUGGAGGCAAUGCUGCUACAUUAGUUCUCAAGUUCUUGAGACAAGGAGGAACAAUGGUAACAUAUGGUGGCAUGUCUAAGAAACCAAUCACAGUGUCAACAUCAUCUUUCAUUUUUAAGGACCUUUCUCUGAGGGGAUUCUGGUUGCAGAAAUUGAUGGGCAUAGAUAAAGCAAAAGAGAGCAGAAAGUUGAUAGAUUACCUAUUGGAUUUGGCUCGUCAAAAAAAGUUAAAAUACGAGAUGGAGAUGGUUCCUUUUGACAAUUUCCACAUCGCACUCAAUAAGGCCCUUGGUAAACAGGGAAGCCAGCCUAAACAGGUUAUCAAAUUCUAACUCCCUAGAUAGUUUACAUUUGGCCUUUCUUUUCUAGGAUCAUACUGUAGGUGUAGAUAGUUUUCAAGUUUGCUCGGUUAUAGAUACUAAGCUCUGUAAUAAAAACACCUUUUGUUCCAUAGACAUUGUAGACCUUACUGACAAUUAUCCAAUUCCACCCCUUUCAGAAAGGGGGAACAAAAGCAUGAGUUGUAAAAACUAAAAUGUGAAUGUUCAAAUUGCUAGGUGUAGCAAUUUUCUUUUU